AUGUUAUUUAAGAAAAAUAUAUCUGAAGAGGCUAUAGCUCAAAAUCCGCAAAAGAAUAUUGUAAUAUCGAACAAACCCAAAGUCAAAGCUACGGUCUUUCGCAACGAUCUUAGAGACUCGCGCAUAAUAGUUGGUAUGAACGAUGACAAUGAAAAGUAUUUCAAUGCCUAUAUGUACGACCUUUUAAAUGACUCUAUGACAUUACUUAUAAAGAACGAUGGACUUGGCGGAUUCCUCUUUGACAAUGGCAUGAACAUUCGUCUUGCUAUACAAGAGCAGCCGGACGGUUCUACUAUGUAUCUCAGAGAGUCGUCAGAGGAAAGGGAUGUGGUGAUCGCAUUUUGGCCUUAA